GACAGAUUCAGCCAUCAUCAUGUCGGACGGAGAAGACAACCAGUCCGUCGUCGCCGCCGAGGAGGUCGAGGUAUCCGCCGAUGCCUCCGCCGGAAAGGGCCAGAUGUCCGUCCUUGAGGCUCUCAAGGGCGUCCUGAAGCUCGCUCUCAUCCACGACGGCCUUGCCCGCGGUCUCCGCGAGGCGUCUAAGGCCCUCGACCGUCGCCAGGCGCACAUGUGCGUCCUGAACGAGGCCUGCGAGGAGGAGGCGUACAAGAAGCUCGUCGUUGCGCUCUGCUCUGAGCACAAGAUCCCGCUUAUCAAGGUCCCCGAUGGCAAGCAGCUUGGCGAGUGGGCCGGUCUCUGCCAGAUCGACCGCGAAGGCAACCCCCGCAAGGUCGUCAACUGCUCUUGCGUUGUCGUCCGCGAUUGGGGUGAGGAGUCCCAGGAGCGCAGCAUCCUCCUCAACUACUUCCAGACCGAGCAGUAGACGUCUCAUUCAUGACUUGAUAUCUCACGUCUUCGACAACUCUUAUCGGUUCGGUUUACGCUGCGGCUAGCAUGGCUUGGAGUACGGCAGGAUGGAUCGGAUUUGGCUGGGACGACAUGUGGGAUGAAGUUACUGAUGGAUCGUUCACGAUGCAUGGAUUUAGAUAACGGCUUCAAUGCUCGUUUCCACAAAAAAAAGGAUGUAC